AACCGUGCGGGACAAACUACUGGGCUUUUAUUUAUUUAUGUUUCUUCUUUAAAACCUCGGUCUCACAGAGCAGACAUCCUGGGUCCACUACGUGACAGCCCAGCAGAGCAGAUGGACCAGUUAUCCAACCGGUCAGGGGUGGCUAGCGAUGACAUUACAGAUGAUACAUCCCUGCUGGAUUUGAGAUGGAGCUCAGAUGAAGAUAGCUCAGACGUUCAGGCACAGUGUCUGGCGGCACCUCAGGCUCCUGUGACGACCUACAAACAGAGGCUUGAGGAAUUUAGAAAGUUGUUUAAAGAGCUGCCAGAAACAGAGAGACUCAUAGUAGAUUAUCCGUGUGCCCUCCAGCGAGAUAUUCUCCUUCAGGGACGCCUUUACCUCUCAGAGAACUGGGUCUGUUUCUACAGCAAUGUGUUUUGGGGGACAAAGAUCACUCUGACGCUCAAAAGCAUCGCAACUAUGACCAGAGAGAAAACUGCUCGACUGAUUCCCAAUGCCAUCCAGAUCUGCACAAACACAGACAAGUUCUUCUUCACUUCCUUCUCAGCAAGAGAGAAAAGCUACCGGGAAGUUUUUCGCAUGUGGCAAAACGCGCUGCUGGACAAGUCUCUGACCAGCCAGGAGUUAUGGCAGAUGGUUAAACAGCAUUACGGCUAUGGUCUUGAUUUAAGCUAUGAAGAGAUGGAUAGCUCACAGAUAAUAGCGGAAUCAAACAUGCAGACCAGCCUGACGGCGAGGCCUGGUGGAGAUGACGGUCCAGUGAGACCAGAGCGGCCCCCUUUCCUCCGCAUUGGCGAGGUGGAAAAUGGACCCUUGGAGACUUCCACUCCUCAAGGGGAAGAACUGCCUUCCCCUAUAGGCUCACAUAACUUGCUCAACUUGGAUGAACCUCGGAACACCCCAUCCCAGCGGCGAAGUCCUGCUCCUCCACAGGACCGCAUCGGCCCGGAGCGAGCCUCCAAGUGCUCCUCGCUUUCUCUUGACCUCAAUGGCAAUGAGAACGGUGUGUCUGAGCAAAGCGGCUCAGAAAGCUUUGAGGAAGUAGAGGACCGGGUUGGUCUGUCUCAGGUGUCCGGUCGACAAUAUUUGAACAGGGUUUUCCACUUCAGUGCAAAACAUAUGUUUGAGAUGCUCUUCACUAAUUCCAGCUUUAUGCGCAGGUUUAUGGAUGCCCGCAAGAUAACCAAUAUCACCUCUACUGCUUGGCAAAAAGAUGCUUCUGGUAACAUGAAGCGGCGUCUGGACUACACAGUAACCAUCAACAACCCUCUGAUUGGGAAGUUCUCCACUACUACAGAGUACCAGACGCUGUUCAAAGAAUCCAGGGAUGGUCAGUAUUACCUCGUAAACUCGGAGGUGUACGCCCACGACGUUCCCUAUCAUGAUUACUUCUACACUCAAACCCGCUACUACAUCAUGAGGAACUCUAAAAGGAAAUGUCGACUAAGGGUGUAUACCGAUGUGAAAUACAAGAAGCAGCCAUGGGGCCUUGUGAAGUCCUUUAUUACCAAAAACUCCUGGAGUGCCAUAGAAGAGAAUUUCCGGCAUCUGGAAGCAGAACUGCUGGAGGAGGAAGCAGAGCUGAACCAAGGAGGUGGAGAGGUGGGGAAGAUGGGUGGUCUCCGCAGGAGGAGGCGGACUUACAGCCGAACUCUGGCAGAGCAUGUGAAGCCCAACAAGCAGUAUGGGCAAGACGCUGAGCAAGACAGAGAUGGCAACAUGGGCCCUGUAGACAUGGAAGGCCCAUACCGAUGGAAUGUCUCAACAAUAGUGGCUGGGAUGAGUGUGAUUUUGCUGAUUCUGACGGUGCUGAAUUUAGGCUUGUUUUUUAAGCUGUGGGCCAUGGAGGAUGUGGCCCAGCGCAUGUAUCUGACUACAAAGCAUCGCCUGAGGGAGAGGAGCGAAGCCAGCAACUUAUCUCCUGAGUAUGGACCCAAACUAGGACCAGUGUUCAGGACCCCAGAGGAGCUGCGCUUACUAAAAAAUGUACUGCAGGACUCCAUUAACCUUUUAGAACAGCUUCGUACCUCUCUGGUGAUGCUGCAACAGAACUUUGCAACGCCCAAUCGCACUGCAGCGCAACAGUGACUCAACCACACCUGGUGACAACAGAGCACCUGUCCCUGUGGACUAAAUGGGACUGAAGCACUGUACUGCCUCUGAGGAAACCUCCACUAUCAACAGAUGUUGCCAUGUGGACAUCCCCAGAUACAUGCAGUGUUUUGCCAGUGGUUCUGUAUCCCAAAGCCUGUGGUGAAGCAUCAGGUGCCAGGAUUUAUUUUUUUUUUUUUUUAAAAAGCUGGAGACAGACUGCUGGGAGGACGACAUUACACCAGAGUCGGUCACAUGUGGAGCAGGGAUUUCUGUAGCGUGCUACUGUGAACUCCCACAGCUGCCAUCGUUUCACUCUUAUUUUAAUGAGCCUUGUGGCACAUGAACUGCUGUAAAUAUUUUUAGUUUUGUUUUAUUUUUGGGAUGUAAAUCAAUAUUUAAACAUUUUGCACAGAUUUCCAUUUUUGCACGAGUCUUGUGAAUAAGGCUGUGUUCUAAGAUUUUUUUUUUUUCUUCUUUCUCUAAUAAAUCUUGCUAAUCAGCGACUCAAACUUGAAGAUUUGUGUACUCUUGUGGCCAUGAAUCACUUUGUAUGUGUAUACUUUAGUUUACCUGGGCUACUGAUAUUUCAGUGAUUGGAUUCUGGUUCCAUCGUGGAGUUUUAAAUGAAGGAGGCCAGAAGUAAUCCUCACCUGUUCGUGGGUACCCCCCCCCCCCCUUCUUUUUUUUUUUUUUUUUUUUUUUUAACUGCACUGAGCCAAAUUCAGAGAAACAUGGUAUAGUUUUAAAAUGCUUUUGCUGUGGGUGAUAUUUCAGUGAAGGUAAAGGGGCAGACUAUCUCAGUACUGUGAACUCACUCUGUCAACAC